AACCUAAAAUGGCGGCCGAGUCGGCGACUACGGAGACGGUUGAGAAGAGCGGAAACGAGGAGUCAACGGUAGAAGUGAAAGUGAACGGUGAAGCUCAGAACCCUCCCCAAGAGUCAGCAAAACCAGCUGAAUCAGUAGAAGACGAUGAUGAGCCAGCUCCAGCCAAAAAGAGAAGUGGUGGAGAUUCUGAAGAGAAGGAAGAUGAAGCGGCAGAAGAUGGCCCAGAGGACGGUGAAGAGAAAUCAAAUUUGGAUGAUGAUCAGAACGUGGAAAAUCCGGCGUAUAUCCCGAAAACUGGAAGGUUUUAUAUGCAUGAUGAUAAUCGUAGAGGCGAUGUUAAUAAUUCUCAAGUUCAGGAUGAUGAUAGUGAUGACCGCCGAAACCUGAAAAAGAGCCGCGCCGACUGUGACUGGAAGCACGACCGCUUCGAUGAGAAAUUCCAACGCCCAAAGACCAAAAAACAAAUUGUCACCAAGUACGGCUUCGAUAUUCGUCAUAAAGACGGUACACCAAUACAAGACGGCGAAGAAAUCGAUGCACCAGCACCUGAAUCCACAGAAGAAGAGUCUUCGGAUGCUCGACAAGUUUCCCGACAACAGAAGGAUCGGAGAGUCUCGUCGACUACGAGGGGGAAAGUCGGAAAGAGUGGAACGUCGAGAAGGCCGAUGAAGCAGAGAGAACGAGAAGAUACGGUGGAUGAGUCAAAGGGAGAAGAAGAGGAAGAUCAAGGUGUAAGGCCAGCACAGAAGAGGCAGGUGAAGCAGCAGGAGAAGCCAAGGAAACAGAAACCCGCAGCUCCCCCAUCUAGCGAGGAAAACGAAGAAGACGAGGACGAUGGUGCAAUCCGACGUGGCCAACGACGUGCUGUUCCACUCCGCCGUGGAACCACGUCGGGCCCUCCAUCUCGACUCCGUGGACGAAUGAGCCAUCCGAUGGGACCACCACGACGAUCAUCCGGAGCUCCACCAUCUUCUGCUAGCAACAGACGCCCUGUGGAAUCUUCAUCUCGAGGACCUCCACCACCACCAUCAUCAUCUUCCCGUCGUGACUAUAGCCAUCAAGGAGAUCGAAAUGAUGAUCGAUUCGAGAAUCAUCGACGUGGUGUUAUACGAGGAGCAUCCAGAGGAGGAGGCACCGUGACACGUGGCACUGGAGGAUACGGUAGAACUGGUGCGAUCAGAGGAGGUGUUCGAGGAUCUGGAGCACCAAGAUAUGGAGUAAGAAGAACUGAUACUUCAGAACAAAGUGAAGGGUAUCAGCGAGGAGGAUCCGGUACGGAUUACUCAUCACCUCGACCAAACCAUCAAUCCGAUCGUUCCUAUCAAGCAUCUUCAACAAACUUCCGUGGUGGAUCCCAUCCUCAUCCAUCAGCCAAUGUCUAUCCAUCAUCACGGGGAGGUUAUUCCUCAAACAAUGCUGAUUAUGCUUCACGUGGCGGUGGCGGCUACCACGGUCCACCACAACAUCACAAUAAUCACCAUAACCACCAACAGAAGCGUUUCGUGCAGGGACCCCCACCACCGAUGGUUGCCGUCGGUGUUGUGCCCGGCAACGUAGUCCCACCCCCACAAAUGACACGCGGCUCCACACACGGAGGAAAUCAACAUAAUGGAGGAGGUGGUGGUGGUAGUGGUGGACAGCAGAGGAUCCGACAGCCCACCGAUGUUGUGUACUUUGAUCCCCAGCAGCAACAGGGAACCCGCCAACUUCCUCCACGCUCUAAAAAGGUCAUCCCAAUUGUUGACCCAAAGGAUCAUCAAUAAACAUGAUCAAAAUUCAUUUUUUAAAUUAUUAAUUUCAAAUUUUUAAUAUAUUUUCUAUAUAUUUUUUCCCCGAAACUUCAUCCCAUAGGCCUUUUCUUAUGAUAAUCAUUGCAUCCCCCCAAAAAAAUGUAUUUAUUGAUUGAUUGCAUCCUGAAUACUUACGCAAAAAUUAAUAUAUAUUUAUUUGUUUUCAGAAAAAAUAUUUACAUUUUCAAAAAAAAAAUUAAUAAUUCUCAU